UAAAUAAAUAAAUAAAAGAGAGAGAGAGAGGAAAAAAGUGAGGUUGCAAUCUUUUUCACCCUAGGCCUAGGCUUGCCCCCACUGAACUAGAUGGGCAUAUGACCUGUGUCUCAUCUGUUCUUGAACUCCUGAUAUCUGCAAGUGUUCGGAAAAGUUCGCUAAUUUUCAGCUAAGUUAUUUGGCUAUUAGGUCUUGUUGAAUCCUAGAUUCUCAAGGGGAAAUGGGAAUCGUAUCGACGUUAUUCGAGUUCUUGUCGAUCGCUGCUUCAGUUUUUGUUUUGGGAUUGUUGGCGGCCAUUGUUUUGGCAGCCUACAGAAGAAGAAAAUAUUGUUACAGCUGUCAGGCUGAGUCAACUCCUGUUAUUGAGGAUCCAAAUUCAUUGAAGCCGGUUGUUUGUCCUCAUAUUCGUGAUCCUGCUGAAAAAUACAUAUCUUUGAUAAUUCCAGCAUACAACGAGGAGCAUAGACUUCCAGGGGCCCUUGACGAAACCUUGAAGUAUCUUAAAGAACGCGAGGUGAAGGAUAAGGCAUUUUCAUAUGAGGUGGUGAUUGUUGAUGAUGGAAGUACUGAUGGUACAAAAGGAGUAGCUUUCAACUUUGUGAAGAGAUACACUGUAGAAAAUGUCAGGUUGAUCCUUCUUGGACGGAACCAUGGGAAGGGAGAAGCCAUUAGAAAAGGCAUGCUCCACUCACGUGGUGAACUAUUACUAAUGCUCGAUGCUGAUGGGGCUACUAAAGUGAGUGACCUUGAGAAACUUGAAAACCAGAUUUGUGCAGUUGCUGUCAAGGAACGGAAGUUUGGUGACUCUUCAACUGAUGGUUUAAAUUCAAGGAUCUCAGAUGUCCCCAUUGCAGCUUUUGGAUCACGUGCUCAUUUAGAGGAGAAGGCUCUCGCAACAAGGAAAUGGUAUCGAAAUUUCUUGAUGAAGGGAUUCCAUUUGGUAGUUCUGUUGGCCGCUGGUCCUGGAAUUCGGGACACUCAGUGUGGUUUUAAGAUGUUCACCAGAGCUGCUGCUCGGAAGCUCUUCACGAAUGUCCGCUUGAAAAGGUGGUGCUUUGACGUCGAGUUGGUGUACUUGUGCAAGAUUUUCCAAAUCCCAAUGAUUGAGAUAUCCGUUAACUGGUCUGAAAUUCCUGGAUCAAAGGUUAAUUUGUUAAGCAUUCCCAAUAUGUUGUGGGAGAUGGCACUCAUGUCUGUUGGAUAUAGAAGUGGCAUGUGGACUAUUCAUCCUUGAACAUUUACUAUAUAAGCUAACUUUUUAGUUGGGGCCAGACGAGCAGGCCCGAAACACUCAUACAAAUAGAACUGGCACUUGUAACUGGCCAAGCUUACAAAUACUGAAGUAGAGCUCUACUACAAUGUAUUCCUUGCUGCAGAUCUUGCUGUUACUGAGGGUUUACUGCAUAUUUGAUGUUAGAGCAAGAUGUUAAAACUCUUUUGACAUAAUUUAUUGUGACCAAAUGCUUGAACUGACUUUUAGUGCCACUGCCAUUUUGGAUAUAUUUGGUAAAUUAUAGUUGAAAAAUCAAGUGGAUGGAUG